AUGGCAAUCGUUCGGGCGAUGGGCAAACCGAAUCUGUUCAUCACGAUUACAUGCAAUCCGUCAUGGGUAGAAAUAACACAGGCAUUACUACCCCGCCAACAAGCUGCGGAUCGACCGGACUUGACUACCCGUGUGUUUCGAGAAAAACUAAAGGCGAUUCUGGCAGAUCUGUCCGCAGGAGCGCUAGUGCUUCAGAAACGGGGUCUGCCACAUGCACACUGUCUGCUGAUUCUUGGAGACAGCGACAAACCGCGAUCUGCAGCGGACUACGACAAAGUGGUUUCAGCGGAAAUACCAGAUUCGGCACCCUGCAUGAAGGAUGGUGUCUGUUCGAAACAUUUCCCGAAAGCAUUCUGCGAGCACACACGACGUAAGGAAAAUGGUUAUCCGCUGUAUCGUCGCCGUAACAACGGGCGUACCGUGAAGCUCGAUGUUCGGCGUAACCAUGGCGUUGAACUAGAUAACCGCUACGUUGUCCCGUACAAUCCGUGGCUGCGUGAAAAUCAAGCGCAGCAGCGUGCUGAUGCCUAUGCCGGUAUCAUGGACCUAGCUAGUGUCGAGCACGUGGUCAACGACUUGCAGCAGCCCAUAGCACCACCAACAACGCUGGAUCGAGCAGGCACCAUCGUUCGUUGGCAGUGA